UCUUCUUUCCCUGCGUCAUUCUCCUCUCGAGAAUCUCCUCACAUCUUCGAUUUCCUCCCUCGCUCCACCAUGGCCCAGACGCUCCCCCUCCAGACCAGCAACAUCGCCAACACCGCCGCCGCCGCCGCUCCGGCGGCGGGGCGCAAGGGCAAGACGGUGGAGGAGACCUACCAGAAGAAGUCCCAGCUGGAGCACAUCCUCCUCCGCCCCGACACCUACAUCGGCUCCGUCGAGAAGCACACCCAGUCGCUCUGGAUCUACGACGUCGGCGGCGACGGCGGCGACGGCGGCGGCGGCGGCGGCGGCGAGAUGGUCCACCGCCCCAUCACCUACGUCCCGGGCCUCUACAAGAUCUUCGACGAGAUCCUCGUCAACGCCGCCGACAACAAGCAGCGCGACCCCAGGAUGGACUCCCUGAAAGUCACCAUCGACGCCGACCGGAACCUCAUCAGCGUCUACAACAACGGGGACGGCGUCCCCGUGGAGAUGCACCGGGAGGAGCACGUCUACGUGCCGGAGCUCAUCUUCGGCCACCUCCUCACCAGCAGCAACUACGACGACAAUGUGAAGAAGACGACCGGGGGGAGGAACGGGUACGGCGCUAAGCUGACGAACAUAUUCUCGACGGAGUUUGUCAUCGAGACGGCCGAUGGCAAGAACGGCCUCAAGUACAAGCAGGUUUUCUCGAAGAACAUGGGAGUGAAAGGUGCACCUGAUAUCAAGGCUUGCAAGGCAGGUGAAAACUGGACCAAGGUCUCGUUCAAACCCGACUUGGCAAAGUUUAACAUGACCCACCUUGAAGAUGAUGUGGUUGCUUUGAUGAAAAAGCGAGUGAUUGAUAUGGCUGGGUGUCUUGGAAAGACAGUAAAGGUUGAGCUGAAUGGGAAAAGGGUUCCUGUCAAAACAUUUGCUGAAUAUGUCGGCCUCUAUUUAAAAUCUGCCUCUAAAAAUAGACCAGAAUGUCCCCUCCCAAGGAUUGAGGAGACUGUGAAUGACAGGUGGGAAGUCUGUGUAAGCCUAAGUGACGGACAGUUUCAACAGGUCAGCUUUGCGAAUGCGAUAGCUACUAUCAAGGGAGGAACACAUGUUGAUUAUGUGACCAAUCAGAUUGCCAACCAUGUUAUGAGUGUUGUGAACAAGAAGAAUAAGAAUGCCAACCUCAAAGCCCAUAACGUUAAAAGUCAUCUAUGGGUUUUUGUCAAUGCCCUCAUUGACAAUCCUGCAUUUGACUCUCAAACCAAGGAAACUUUGACACUUCGUCAGAGCAGCUUUGGAUCCAAGUGUGAACUAUCUGACAAGUUCCUACAGAAAGUGGUAAAGUCUGGAAUUGUUGAGUCUCUCCUUUCAUGGGCAAAUUUCAAGCUGAGCAAAGACCUAAAGAAAACUGAUGGGUCAAAGAGAGAGAACCUCCGUGGGAUUCCCAAGCUUGAGGAUGCUAAUGACGCUGGAGGUAGAAACUCUGAUAAAUGUACCCUGAUUUUGACAGAAGGAGAUUCAGCAAAGGCCCUUGCAAUGGCUGGGCUUUCUGUUGUUGGUCGAGAUCGUUAUGGAGUGUUUCCUUUGAGAGGUAAAUUACUCAACGUGAGGGAAGCCAGCCAUAGUCAAAUAAUGGAAAACAAAGAGAUACAAUACAUCAAGCAGAUUCUUGGGUUGCAGCAAAAUAAGGAUUAUGACAGUGUCAAAUCUUUAAGAUAUGGUCAUUUGAUGAUAAUGACAGACCAGGAUCAUGAUGGUUCCCACAUUAAAGGCCUUUUAAUUAACUUCGUUCAUUCAUUCUGGCCAUCCUUGCUCAAAGUUCCAUCUUUCCUAGUUGAAUUCAUCACUCCAAUUGUCAAGGCUACUCAUAAAAAUGGAAGAGAAUUAAGUUUCUAUACAAUGCCAGAAUAUGAGUCCUGGAAGGAAAGUUUGGGGGGCAGUGGAAGUGGGUGGUCAAUCAAGUACUAUAAGGGGUUGGGAACAAGCACCUCAAAAGAGGGGAAGCAAUAUUUCCAAAAUCUUGACAUGCACAAGAAGGAUUUUGUAUGGGUUGAUGACCAAGAUGGGGAUGCAAUUGAGUUGGCUUUUAGCAAGAAGAAGAUCGAAGCAAGGAAGACUUGGCUUCGUCAGUUCGAGCCUGGUACUUAUCUUGAUCAGAAGGAGAAGCUCAUCAAGUACAGUGACUUUGUUAAUAAGGAGCUGAUAUUGUUUUCUAUGGCUGAUCUUCAAAGAUCAAUUCCUUCCAUGGUUGAUGGCCUCAAGCCAGGUCAAAGGAAAAUUCUAUUCUGCUCAUUUAAAAGGAAUUUCAUCAAAGAAGCAAAGGUUGCCCAGUUUUCUGGUUAUGUAUCUGAACAUUCAGCGUACCAUCAUGGUGAGCAAAGUCUUGCUAGUACCAUCAUUGGAAUGGCACAGGAUUAUGUAGGCAGCAACAACAUUAACCUUCUCAUGCCAAAUGGCCAAUUUGGGACUCGCAACAUGGGAGGAAAAGAUCAUGCAAGCCCUAGGUACGUAUACACGAAGCUUUCGCCAACUACGCGGUUCCUCUUCCCGAAGGAUGAUGACAACCUCCUGAGCUACUUAAAUGAAGAUGGGCAAUCUAUUGAACCAACUUGGUACAUGCCUAUCUUACCUAUGGUUCUCGUCAAUGGUAGUGAAGGAAUUGGAACUGGAUGGAGUUCUUACAUCCCCAACUACAAUCCAAGAGAUAUUAUUGCCAACUUGAGACGUUUGUUGAAUGGUGAAAUGAUGGAGCCCAUGGAUCCUUGGUAUCGCGGAUUUAGAGGGACCAUUGAGAAAACAGCUACGAAGGAAGCCGGCAUUACUUACACUGUUUGUGGGAUAAUCGAGGAAGUCAAUGAUACCACACUGAGGAUCACAGAGCUUCCAAUACGUCGAUGGACUCAGGAUUACAGGGAGUUUUUGGAAUCAUUAUCAACUGGAGAGAAAGAUAAAGCAAAGGAUCCUUUUGUCAAGGAAUUUAGGCAGUACAGUGAUGAUGUAACCGUACAUUUUGAAGUUAUGUUGACAGAGGAGAACAUGAUGAUAGCAAAGCAAGAGGGUUUACUGAAGAAAUUUAAACUGACCUCAUCGAUCAGCACGAGUAACAUGCACCUGUUUGACCCAAACGGAGUGAUUAAGAAAUAUGACAGCCCCGAACAAAUUCUAGAGGAGUUUUUCCACUUAAGGCUUGAGUGUUAUGAGAAAAGAAAGAAAAUUUUGCUGGAAAACUUGGAGUUGAAGUUAGUGAUGUUGGACAAUAAGGUUAGGUUUAUUCUUGGUGUUGUCCAUGGAGAGAUCAUUGUGAGCAAUCGAAAGAGAGCAGAUUUGUUCCAAGAGCUGCAAGCAAAAGGCUUUACACCAUUUAGGAAGGAGACUAAAACAAUUGAAACAGCAGUGGCCGGGUCAACGGAUGAUUCAGAAGAAACAGAAGAGAACUCAGAGCCCACCACCAAAGGAGUGAAAGCCAGUGACUAUGAGUAUCUGCUCUCCAUGGCAAUUGGCACACUUACCCUCGAGAAAGUUCAGGAAUUAUGUGCUGAUAAGGACAAGCUUGUUGACGAGGUUGAUGCCCUGAGAAAAGCAACUCCAGAGAAUUUGUGGUUGGAAGAUCUUGCUGCUCUAGAGGAAAAACUUGAUGAGCAAGAAAAAAUGGAUGCCCAAGCAGAGGAAACGAGAAAGGCAAGAAGCAAAGCAAAUGGAGUCGGCACAAAAGUUUCUAGACAGGCACCAAAAAAGCCUCGCAAGAAUGACACUAAAGCUAACAAUCCAGAAGCUCAAGCAGAAGUCACUCAAGGAUCAACCGUCACAUUGGAAGCAGGAAAUGCUGCUGAUGUUGCAAAACCAAAACGUGGUGCCGGUGCUAGGAAAGCUCCGGCUCCAAAGCCUAGCAAGAGUGCCUCAGUUUCAGAUGAUGACGAGGAUUUCGAGAUGCUUGACUUAAAAGAACGACUUGCUGCAUAUAACCUUGAAUCUUCACCAGACAAUUCAUCAGCUCUAGAGGACAAAGUGCCUGAAAUACCAGUCAAGGUGAAAGAACCCAGUAAAAGGGCUGCCACAAGGAAGAAGCCCUCGGUCAUUCUCUCCGAGAUUUCGGAGGAAGAAAAUAGUAAUGACAGUGGAGAUGAUGACUACGAGACAGUGGACUCUGAAGCAGAGGUGGCAAAGAAGAAAGGAGGCAGAAAACCAUCUGCUGCUGCGAAGAAAUCAAAGCCACCUGCAGCAACAAAGAAAGGUCAAGCCAACAGGCAGCAGGCUCGGGGAACGUCCCAACGGCUCUUGACUGAGAUGUUAAAGCCAGCUGAAAGCACUGGAGUUUCGCCAGAAAAGAAAGUACGAAAGAUGAGGGCAUCUCCUUUCAAUAAGAAAAGCAGUUCUCUACUGGGAAAGGAAGGUAAGGCAGGCAGUUCCACAAGUGAGGAAGUGUCAUCCAAUCCUAUGUCUAAUGAUGGUGAAGACGUGGUUGAGGUGGCCCCGCCGAAACGAAGGCCUCAGAGGGUGAACCGAAAGCAGACGACAUAUGUCUUGAGUGAUUCUGAAAGUGAGAAGCCGACGGAUGAUUCUGACUUUGAAGAAAAUGAUGAUUAGUUGAUGUUAAUGUAGCUUUUCCAUGAAUGGACAAUGCUGUAUACUUUCGAAACUCGGAAAGAUGCAAAGUCAUUCAUUGGUUUUCAGUUGUUUGUGAUCAUCUCGUUCUUUCUCGGAGAUGUUUCAUGUAAUCCCGUAGUCGUUUUUGUGUCGAAUAUCAUGUGUUUGCGAUGGGCAUUUCCCCUUUUGACAGAAUGGUUCCUUGCGGAUGUGAUGUUUGACUGAAUUUAUGAUGGAAUUAAAUCCUAGUUUACCAAAGAAAA